GAACACGUGGAAGCAAAUGGGAGAUUCACCGGUGUCUUGAAAGUUGAAACCACGAACAUGAAGAAUAAUACUAUAUGGAUAGGAUAGCCAAUGUUAGAGGAAGAAUAUAUAUGUAUAAUGAAUAAGAGGAAGAGGGCGGCGGCGGCGGAGUGGACGAGGGGGCUGGUGGGGAGCGAGUUCUUCCGGCCGUGCGGGGAGCACGCGGACCGGCGGAGGAACGAGAGGAACGUGUUCUGUAUGGACUGCAACGCCGGGAUAUGCAAGCACUGUUUGAGUUCUCCGGCGCACCCGGGCCGCCACCGCUGGCUCCAAAUCUGCAAGUAUGUGUAUCGGGACGUCGUCCGCCUCCACGAUAUCCAGAAACACCUUGACUGCUCCACCAUACAGACGUACAAGAUCAACGGGGAGAAGGCGAUACAUAUAAACCCACGGCCGAGAUCGAAGAAAGACAGUGGCGGGAAAACAAAUAACAAUAAUAAUAAAUGGGGCUGUGAUGCAUGUGGGAGGCAUCUCCAAGAAUUCCCUAAUCGCUAUUGCUCCAUUGCAUGCAGGGUUUCAUCAGAUGCAAGAUACAGAGACAAGAUAAUCUCAUUUCAGAUUUCACAGUUUGGUGAAGAAGACUUCUCCACAAAAGAGAACACAGAAAAUGAGUCUUGCACUUCCUUCUUAACUGAGUCUUCUGAGGUCAUUCAAGUGUGGGUUACUUCAGCCACUCAUUUAAAGCCAAAAAAGCCCUUCCACAAGAGGAAAGGUGCCCCAUGUAGGGCCCCUUUAUGCUAAUAGUAGUUUGUGUGUGGUAAUAAGAUUUCACAUUUAAUUGAUCACUAUGAUUACUAAAAAAUGUGAAACUAUUCUAUCCUAAUUUGUGUAGAUGAAAGAAAAAUAAAAUGGACCAUAUUUUUUUCCCUCAGUGGAGCACUUUUAGGAUGUUCCAAAAAUAAAAUACUCUUCUAUUC